AACUUUUAACUUGUAUAUUUAUUGUAUAUAAGCAAGGGGAAACAAAGAACUUGCUUAUAUAUUUGCAGGAUCCUCCAUUUUUAUUUCAGCAAACUCUGAAAGUACAGCCUCCCCCCGGCCUUCCUUCCCGUACUUUCCCUCUUCACAGCAUGAAGAUGAAGAAUCCAUACGCAUAUGGGGAGGAAGUUCUGAGGUGCCCUUUCCACCCCAAGGAAUUGGUCAUCGGAAUCUGUGCUCUUUGUUUGAGGGAGAGGCUUCUCAUUCUCGCAUCCAAACAGGGGAUGAACCAGACGCCAUCUUCACCGCGCAGAGGUUCGUCUAUGAAGUUCCUGAGAAAGCCAUCCUUGUAUUCCUUUCCCAAGGUCUCCACAUUGGGCUCCAUGCUUCACCGCCUCGAAUUCCUGCCCCGCCGGAAAUCUGAUGCCACUGACCUCGAUGCGGCCUCCACCAGUCUUGAAGAUUCUUUUAUAUCUAUCAAGUUCGAGGACAAUGGCAGCACAUCAUGGGAAAAUGGAGCAACCAAGCAGUUCCCUUGGGAAUCAGUUGAUUUCUUCAGCAAACAAGAUCCAGACACGAACUCCAAGACUGUGGUGGAGCACGCGCAGCCACGAGGGGGCUUGAGGUGGCGGAAGAAGAUGGGCUACCUCUUCCAUCUUGUCAGGUGGAAGAGGUCAUCCAACAAGGGAAGCAACUCUCACAUGGCUGCCAAAUCAGAAGCAGCAAACGCCAAGAGAAACUGGCUAAGAACACUCUCAAUAAGGAGAAGUUCUGCAGACUAAUUAAGCAGAAAAGCACAGGAAAAUGAAAAAGCAGGAGAAAGUCAUAACAGAUUUGGUUUCUGGCCCCAUGAGAAAUCAAAAACCAUAUGAUAAUGCAUCUUACUCGUUGGGUGUAAAGCAAUUUGCUGUAUAAUUGAGUCUGGGGGAUUGAAAAGAGGAUCGUCUUUCCAAUUAGCUUCUUUUUCCCUUUUUUGACUUUGAUUCUGUACAUGUAUACAGUGUGCCCAUGUUCUGCAGUAGGAUGGGCAGACAAGAAAGGGGCCAAAUAGUCUGAAAAGACAGGGAUGGGCCUCAACCAGCUUUGUUCUGUAUGAAGUCAAGAUGAUCUGGACAUCAUUUUUUUUUGUUCUUUAGCUGGAGAUAAGAGUGUGGUGAUUUUUAGGCUAACGGACUCAGUUCUGCGGUAAAUUUUGUACGAAACUCCUCUUUAAAUUUGUUGCCUUUUUCCCUUUUUUUUGUGUUGGGAUAGUGGGGUGACGCCAUGAGUGGCUUUAAGUUGAUCAGUUCCUUCUGCCUUCCUCUGUUACUGAGCUCUCCCCAAGUUAAAGAUUUGCGGUAGUUAAAGUGUUAAACUUAUUACGUCUCUUCAAGUUAAUGAUAUAUAGUUGCUAUAA